GAAAAGCCUAUAAAUAUGGCUAUUUAUCUUCUUUUCAUCAUUCAUUUCCGGUUCUUUUCAACAUUCUCCCUAGAAAAUCCACAAAUGUUUACUUUUAAGAGCUUUUUCUUGACAGUAACAAUAAUCUUUUGUGCCUUACAAAAAUCAGAUAGCUCGGCGAGUUUCACAACUAAGAAUAUUAACGUAGGAGUGGUGAGUUUGAGAAAUUUUGGGGAUUUGAUUUUUUAUGGGGAAGUUAGUGUUGGUACUCCACCACAAAAGUUCAACGUAGUGUUCGACACCGGAAGUUCAAACUUUUGGGUUCCGUCAACGAGGUGGCCUACUAAAACCAUGUUUCGACACCAAAAGUUUAAUGCCAAGGCAUCGAAGACCUACUUUCCAGUUCCAGACAGACAUGAUGAAAGUAUUGAAUAUGAAGCUGGUGCACUGAAAGGUAACCUAUCCCGAGACAAUCUCAUGCUUGGUGGGGUUAUGCUUGAGGCGCAAGACUUCUUUGUUGGGUUUAACCCAGAUUCUCAUCUUACAGAAGUCAAAUUCGAUGGAAUACUCGGACUCGCAUUGCCAUCUCUGAAGAUUGCUGGAACUAAGACUGUAUUGGAGAAUCUGGUGGAAAAAAAUUUGAUAAGCCAGCGCAUUUUUUCUAUACGGAUGAAGACUUCUCGCAAGCGCAAGAGAGCUGGAGACGAAGUUCAAAACGCUGGUCAAAUAACUUUUGGCGGACUCAACAAAAGACACUUCCGUGGCGAACAUGUAUAUGUUCCUGUAUUGUCGGGGACAGGCUUUUGGAAAAUUUCAAUGUCUCAAAUCUAUGUUGGUGCACAUGCUGUCGAUGUUUGUAUUCCACAAUGCUUUGCAUUUGUGGACUCUGGGACUACCGAUAUUUAUGGCCCAAAGGAACAAAUCAAGAAGAUCUAUGAAAAACUUGGAACAGAAAAAGUUUUUGCAUGCUCGGAAUUUAAAAAGUUGCCGGCGAUGAUCUCCUUCCUAAUUGGAGGAAAGCGUUUAUUUAUCAAUCGAAACAACUACGCAUACGAAUACACUGACACAAAGGAUGCAAAACGAUGCGCCCUUCGUCUUGUGACAUCUGACACUGGCACUGACACAUGGAUUUUGGGUAUGGCGUUCAUGCAAGCUAUCCAUACGGUCUUCGAUUUUCAAGAUUUUAACAGACCAAAGAUCGGUUUUGCUGAAGCAGUACCAUAAGCAUGGAGACAAAAGAAGAGAAGAAACACUAUUAAAAAACGAUACUUAAGUUAUAUUAAAGUUUAUGCAGAUGAUCCGUAAGCAUAUUAUCUUAAUAAAAAUGAAUUAUCUAU